GCUUCUCUAUUUCGUGUAUGAACAGAGAUAGAGAUGGCAGAAGUAUCGAGGGCGGGAAAGAGAUAAAAAUAUGAUUUUUCUAAAAGAUUGAGAUUAAUAAGUUGAAAAUAUAAGAGCAACUUAGGUUAGCUCUCUGUCUUUUAAAAAUGUAAGCUCGUCACGAACUAUGUUACGUGUUGAUGUAUAAAUAUAUAUGUAUAUAUACAUGCCUCAACUACGGUAGGAGGUAUAACUUUUAUAUCGUAACCUUUUCAUCUAUUUUUCAUCUUUCAAUCAUAAUAUGAAUCGCAAAAAACUACGUAACUCUAGAUCGUUGAAGAAAUCAUGGCUAAUGUAACGAAAAAUCUUAAAUAAGAAACUGGAUAGCAGUGAUGCAUAGUCUAUUGUUAAUCAGUUUUUUUAAGUGACGUCACUGUGAAUGAUUACAUUCCUGUUGUCCUGCAAAAUACUUCAUUGUCGAGUAAUCAAUGGUGCGUCAUAAAUUUUCUACGAAAUCCUUCAUUUUUUUAUUUUCCUGGCAUAACUAGCGCGAAUUUUGAAGGUGGACUAGAUAUUUUUCGCGCUUUCUAGACUUGUCCAUUGUUACAAGAAUAUAUUCAUUUUUUUUUUCGAUUAUAUGAAUAGUAAAUUUAUUAAGUCUUACUUUAAAUAUUAUUAAAAAAAAAUUGAACAAUUCAUGGAUAACAGUGAAAAUAUGAUUAUAAAAAAUAACAAAUUUGAUAUUUUACGAUUAAAUCUAACAAAAUUCAUGUAAUAUACUGUUAGAUUAACAAAAUGAUAAUAAGAAAAACUAAAAAAUUUUUAUUUAUUUGACCACGAAAUUAAAUUACCGACUGAUAAAUUUAUGUUUUUAACCUCUUUAAAAAUAAAUUGUAUUCUUGAAUUUAUUUACAGAAUUAUCUUGUCAUAAAUUUCUGUUGAAAAUAAAUUUAAUAAAAGUUUACAUUUUAUUCAUAAACAAUUACUAGUAUUUAUAGCCGCUAUCAUUUAUUUAAUUAAAUGAUAGAAAAAAUAUUUUCCGAAAGUUUAGAGAAUAUCUUUCCCUUUGGAAGUUAGAUUUCAUUGGGUGGAAUUCACGUAUUACAUUUGGUGGAAAUAUUGAAUUUAUAAAUAUUAUAAAUUAAUAUUCAUCUUGAUUAACAAAAUAGUAUAUUUACAUUUUAAUAUAAACAUAUUCAUAUAUGUAUAUCAUCAAUGUGGCAGCAACAAGUUCUUGCGCUUGAUGCAAAAUACAAUUCUCGUAGGACAUCUAACAAUCCUAAUCCCAGAUUAGGAUUGUUAUAUCUUCGCCGUAGAAAUCAAUUAUUGAAAGAAAAAGAUUCUGAAAAUUCAGAGGUUCGAUUAUCAUAUUUAAAAUUACGAUCAAAACUGCUUCAACUAAAAUAUGGACCAACUUCUGAAUGUAUAAGCCUCUCUUCUCGUGCAUCGAUAGACGGUUUGUCAGAGAAAGAUUCGUCAGGAGAAAAAUUUACAAAAAAAUCAACGUCUGAAAGUUUUGCUUUUGCUGGUGUUCAUCAUGUUUUGGACAUCCAUAAGUCGGCAGUUACAUCUUUAAAAUUUGCUAACAAUGACAAAUCAAAGCUCUGUUGUGCAUCUCUUGAUGGAACUAUUUCUAUUUGUGAAGUAGCAAGUACUCCCCCAAAAGUAGUAGCAAUUUUGAGGGGUCACAAAAAAGGGAUUACAGCGAUAGACUGGAGUACCAGUAAUGAUUUUAUAGUAUCAUCAUCUUUAGAUGCUACUGUACGACUGUGGGGUUUUAAUGAAGAUACUACAACUUGUUUAAGAGUUAUCGAUGAUCAAAUACGAGCUGAAGUAUUAUGUUGUGGUUUCGUUCCGGCGAAUAAUAAUUUAGUUAUCACAGGCAAUUCUCAAGGAUUACUUCAAAUUCUUAAUAUUUCUACAGGAAUUUAUCCUCGUGGUGGGAUUUCUAAAAUUGGAGGGAAGGUGCUUUCUCUCACAUGUGAAAGAAGUGGAGGUUUUUUAGUGUGGGCAGGUAAUGAUCGAGGAGUUAUAAUUUCUCUCCGAUUAGAAGCUGGCUCAGGUCGACUGUCUAAACUUAGGCGAAUUGAUACUUUUGGAUCCGCAAAAGUGACAAGUUUGUCUUGGCGUCCGUGGUUAUCAAAAGAAACAUCUUCACCAAUACUUUUAGUAAAUUGUGCGUGUAAUGCAAUUUUUCUUUACCGAGUUGCAGAUCUUCAGGGGACUUUAAAAAUCUGGAGAAAUUAUCCAUUAAAACAUAGGCAAUACUUGAUAAGAUCAACGUUCUGUCCACAAAUGGGCGCGUGCUUGAUAGCCAGUGGUUCAGAAGAUGGUUCAGUUCACCUGUUAGAUACAUCUCGUGAGGGUAAAGCAGCACAGGUUAAUAGACUUUAUGGACAUUCCGCCCCAAUUCUCGCCCUUGAUUUUAAUUACGAUGAAUCUCAUCUUGCAAGUAGCGAUCAUCAGGGUCUUAUUAUUAUCUGGCGUAAUUAACUAUUUGAUUUUUUCAAGUUUUAUUCAUUCUUAUACAAUCAAUUUACCCGUAAACAUGCAAUGAUUUUUUAUUAAACUAUGUCAAAUUUUAGAGAUUUUCUUCACAUUUCAAAGCUUAAAAGUACAUUUAUCUUAAUGAAAUUCAUAUGUUUUAAAAUUUAUUUUUAUAACAACAAAAGUCAUUGAAUAAUUAUUCUAAAGUGCACCGUUUUUGUAGUGAAUUAGUAAUCGAAUCAUUGAUUUUUUAACACUCUUAACAAAUUGUAUAAUAAGUGAUGAUAAAGAUAUUGAUAUUAGAAAGAGAGUGUCACUUCAAGUUUAAAAUAACUUCCAGUAAGAAGUUAAUGCAAUUUUUAAUGUCGAAU